GUUUUAUUGUUAUACCACUAUUUUGCAAAAACCAAAACUUAGCGACAAACUUAAUUUAAAUUGCAACUAUUUUGAUUUAGUUUAUUUCACAACUGAACUUCGACAACGAAAAGAAAUUCUUGCUGUAAUAUACCUGUUUGUGACUACACAAAACAACUGUCACAUUUUUUGAAAAAUUCAAAACAAUGGUUGAACUACCUACAAUUCCAGAAUUCUACCGCAACAAAACCAUCUUCAUAACGGGUGGAAGUGGUUUCAUUGGAAAAGUCCUCGUCGAAAAGCUCCUUCGAUCGUGUCCAGACCUGAAGACGAUCUAUUUACUCUUGAGAGAAAAAAAGGGUCAGGCUCCCGAAAAAAGAAUCAAAACCAUCACCGAUUUACCACUCUUCGACGUACUCAAAUCGAAAAACCCCGACUCUCUAAACAAAAUUAAGAUCGUCGUUGGCGAUGUGCGGGAGCUGGAUUUGGGGUUAAAUCUUCAGGAACGACAAGUGUUGAUCGAUGAAGUGAAUGUCGUUUUUCAUGUAGCGGCGUCUGUUCGUUUCGACGAUAGUUUAACUGAUGCUGUCAUCAUGAACACUAGGGGGACUAGGGAGGUUGCUAAAUUGGUACUAGAGAUGAAGAAUUUGGACGUUUUUGUUCAUAUUUCGACGACUUAUUGCAACAGCGAUCGAAAGGUGGUCGAAGAAAGAUUGUAUCCUGCUGUUGUCGAAUGGGAGAAGACUAUAGAAAUAGCGGAAAACAUAGAUAGACAUACUUUGAACGUAUUGACCGAAAAGUAUAUACAUCCGCAACCAAAUACUUAUACUUUUGCGAAGUGUUUGGCCGAGCAGGUAGUCUACGAUAUGUGUAAUGGAGGAAUACCUCUUGUUGUUUAUCGACCUUCUGUUAUUAUCCCCAGCGCCAGUGAACCCAUCACAGGUUGGGUCGACAAUUUCAAUGGUCUCGUGGGUUUUAUGGUAGGGUGUGGGAAAGGCUUAAUGCGUAUCAUUUAUUCCGAUCCUAACAACAUUGUAGACUCUCUGCCAGUUGAUAUUACGGUGAAAGCUAUCAUAAUAUCAUCGUGGAAACAAGCCACAUACAAAGACGCGAAUCAAAAACUCACCGCUUCAUUCUACAACGGUAGUAACAACGGUGUGAAAAACAUAAAUGUAGAAACCAUAUUGAAUAUGGGAAAUAAAAUAUGGAACGAAUUCCCCUUUGACAACGUUUUAUGGUACCCCGAUCCCAAAAUCACCAAGUGCUACUACAAUUAUUUUUUUCAAAUGAUCAUUUAUCAACUUGUUCCGGCUUUGCUAGUCGACGGUGUGCUUAAACUAAUAGGCGAACGACCGAUGCUGACUAAACUUCAGAGGAAGAUCCACACUGCGACUAUAGCCUUAGCUUACUUCACACACAAUAACUGGACCUUUGUUAACGACAAAUUUUAUCAUUUGAAAUACGAGUUGCUGCCUGCAGAUGUCGACAAUUUUUCCUUCGAGGAGGAGGAUACAACGAUUGAUUCUUAUAUCUUUAACUGUCUUGUAGGUGGUAAAAAGUAUCUUUUAAAAGAAAGUGGUGAUGUCGACAAGGCGAAGAAACACUUGCUGAAGAUGUGGGUGUUGGCGAAAAUUGUCAACUUCUUGUGGUAUUUGGGGCUGUUUUGGCUUGUAUUUUUUAAAAUGGGGGUCCUUAGGUGUCAAGGUGAUGACCAAUGCCAUUCGAUUCGACCCUUUUCGAUUCCGCGGGCGAGAUCAUAUCAAGGUGAUAUUAGGUCUUCAGUCGUACCGAUACAAGGUUUGAACCAGAAUACAACUAGUUAG